ACAGGUUCGAUUUAGUUCCAUCUGUUAAUUUCACCAGGUAGCCGCGCACUAAAUAGAGUCGAUUUCGUUUCAGGGUCGAUUUUCACUACAUUAAUUACCAUUUUUAUCUAAAAUAUUUAAAAAACAUUAAACUUUCGUUUAUAAAGCGCGAUUCUACCAAGUUCUGUACAGUAUUUCUGUCGGGAGUAGAAAUGGAAAAGAUUGUCUUAAUUUUCAUAACAUUCUCGUUAGUUACGGCUUACGUAACUAGAGAUUUGUCUGAAAUUCCUACAGAACUUCAUCAGUUUGCAUUCUCUGAUGACGUAAAGAUUGUGGGAGGGAACGAAGCUGCACCAUAUUCUUUACCAUAUCAAGUUGCCGUGAACCUUAUUUUCGAUUAUUUCCAAAGUAUCUGUGGAGGAUCUCUUAUUACCCAAAGAUACGUGUUAACAGCUGCGCAUUGUUUGUACGAAGGAGUCAUAUCGUUGGAAGUAUUACUGGGGACGCAUAACAUUCGACAAAAUGAAACUACCCAACAACGCAUUCCAACCUCCAAUUUUACAAUACAUGAAGAGUAUAACAAUGAUACAAUAGAGAACGAUUUAGCCAUGGUUUAUCUUCCAACACCAGCUAUUCUCAAUCAGUACGUUCAACUGAUUGCGCUUCCCAGUAGAGCUGACGUUUCGAACAGUUUUGUGGGAUCGGAGGCUAUAGCAAGUGGUUGGGGAUACGAUUCUGAUAAUGCUACCGCUAUCAGUGACGUGUUGCGAUAUGUAAAUGUUUCUAUUAUAGCAAACGACGUUUGUAAUAUUACGUUCGCUGAGUACAUCACAGACUCAAAUAUUUGUUCUGGAGGAGCGGGUAAGAAAGGAAUUUGCUAUGGAGAUUCAGGAGGACCUCUCGUCGUCAAUGGAAAAUUGGUAAAUAUAUAA